AUGGAUGAAUAUCUCAACAUUACAAUACACCAUAGUGGCCAAUUUGUUACUGAGGACAUGAGUGUUUACGAAGGAGCUAAGAUUGCUGAUUUGAGAGGGGCAUUAGAGAUUGCUGAUCUAUAUAAGGUUCAUCUUAGUGUUAAAGUCUUUAUUCAACACACAUUGUCAAAGCCUGAUUAUGCUGAUGAGACUGAAGUUGUGUUAGAUAAGGUACCCCUUAAUGUGAUAGUUGAUGAGACAGUAGUUGCGCUUGAAGAGAUGUUGAAUGAAACUGAUGUAAGGGAAGAUGGUGUUAGAGUAUGUGAUGUUAGCAUGGAUGGUGUUGGGGAAGAUGAUAUUAGGGAAGAUGGUGUUCAUGCAGUAGGAACUGAUGAUAAUGUGCCAAUGGUUGAUGUGGUUGAUGAGGUUGAAAGUGAUGAUAUUGGACAUAGGGCUGGUGAGGUUGAUGAUGUUGUUAGACUGACUGAUGAUGAUGAUAGUUCUGAUGAUAGCACCUUCAAUUAUGAUAGUGCAACAAAGUUGACCAAAGUCCUUACACUAACCCUAAUGCUACUCUUGACCUAUUCUUCAACUUCCAACUUGCUAUCAUCUAGCCUUGAUUCCAUACUGCCAAAAUUAUCAUGUGCGCACCUUCAUGUACCAUGUGCCUAUGUGUUGUGUCAACAUGUUGCAGCUAAGCCAUGUCCAUGA